GUCAGUUCCUGUUUUGAUACGUGCUGCUGACUGCUGAGUGACUUGUGGCGGGAGUUUAACGCGUGCUGCAUGUAGCGGUUUACAGCGUUUUACCCUACAAUUUAAUCAAAAGCUUUCUUUGCCUGUCGAAACAUGGAAGAUAACAGACAAGAGGUUGAGCUGAGAAGCGAUGUGCCUAUUUCGCCUCCGAACGGUGAAGCCCUUUGCACUCAGGAACACAACCAAGUAAAGUUAACAAAUGGACAAAACCAUGCCAGUUCACCUGUGAAUGGUGUCCAGGAAUACCGGAGACACACAUUUAGCACUGAACCCACUCUCGAGGACAUACGACGGAUGCAGGCAGAGUUCACAGACGAGAGGGACUGGAACCAAUUUCACCAACCCCGAAAUCUCCUCUUGGCAAUGGUUGGCGAAGUAGGAGAGGUGUCCGAACUCUUCCAAUGGCGUGGGGAAGUUGCCGAAGGACUGCCGGACUGGACCGAAUCAGAGAGGGAGCAUUUAGCUCAAGAACUGAGUGAUGUUUUGAUCUACUUGGUAGAGCUUGCAGAGAAAUGCCACGUUGACUUGCCCCAAGCCGUCCUUCGCAAAAUGGCUUUGAAUCGACAGAAAUAUCCGGCUAGCAAAGUCCAUGGGUCGGCAAAGAAGUACACUGAAUAUAACGAAUAAUGUUUUGCUGUGAUCCACUCCAACUUCGCCGCUGAAUAGCAGAGACAAAUCAGACUGCUCCCGAAGAUUACUGAUGGUUUGCACCAAGAUUGUCGCACACACUUGUUCUUAUUUUAAUUAUGUGCUGUUAAAAUGCACUUUCACCUUGUAGCCUAUUUUAAUUGACCGAGUUUUACUUUGUCGCCAUGAAAGUCCUUUCUGGCAAUAACAAUCUUGAUCUUUCUGGAAGCUGUAACUUUCUAUGGUUUCAGUUUAAGUGCCCAGUGUAUUUUACGUUUUAUUGUUUCCCCGAAUUUACCAAAUUAAGGCUGUACACAAAUGUUACAUUUUGGUUUAGUUGUUAUUUUGUUUCCCAUGAAACCUCAACUCUAACUUGAGGUGACAGCUUGAUACGUACUCAUCCUCUGGCCCUGUGUAUUGUAUCCUUGCAAUGUUGUCAAUAUAGUACACUUCAAAGGUUUUACAAAAGGUGUCCCGUCAUUAAUGUCCUAUUGUCCACAUUGUCUGUUGCUUUGUUUACUUUAAUGUGUAGUUCAAUGUCACGGUGGAUUUCAAAAUCAAUCCCCAUCUCAAAAAGUGAAGGAACUUACUUUCAUAAAUGUGAAACAACAUUGCUGUGGUAGUCAGCCAUUUACCUAAAUUGGAAAAGCCUACAUCCUAAAAGGCCUUUAUCUGAUUGAUAGCAGAUUGUGUUUCUUGUUUGAGUGGAAGACAAUGUAAUAGGCCUACAACAGCAGUCUCACUUAGACUACCUUUUUAAGCAGUUGGAGAUGCUUUCUUUUAUUCUGCUGCUCUUUAUUCAAAAGUGAGAGGUGAGCAUGGCAGGAAGAUAGGCCUACUGGCAAGAGCCUGGUAACUUUACUGCCACAUGGACUGGCACACCAGUCAUUUGUCCACAACUUUCUUAAGAGGUGACUGAGUUUAGCCGAUGAGUUCAACAGCUCAUCCGUUUAAAGCUUGCUCUUGUGUGAAUUGUUCUAUUAAAAAAACAGCACGUAAUUAA